AUGGACAGCCCACGCAGUUGCGGAAGUCAGGAAGCCUUCCCACCGCCGCUUCCCAACCAUCUCAGCCCCGAGUACUCGCCAGCCCUCACCAUGAUGCAGCAGUUCCACGCAGACUUGCUCCGCAUGGAUGAAGAACACCUUCAGCACCGUGAUCAACGCACAUGCGAGAUCCCCACCCCAUUUCCCGACGACGACCAAGUCCAAGGCCAUGGCUUCUACACUAAGAUGCGGACCUGGUGCCAAAGACGAUUCUCCCGACAAAGCCGCGCUAGCGACGCCUCGGCAUCAUGA